CAUAAGCCCAUCACUCAUCACACAUCAACAUCAUCGGUUUUUUUUUUUUCCUCCUCGCAUCCGCAGGAGUAGGAUGUUACUAGCGUCCGCCGUUGUGGUCUGGGAAUGGCUGAACGAGCACGGACGCUGGCGGCCCUACAGCCCGGCGGUGUGUCACCACAUCGAGGCGGUCAUCCGGAGCGACCCGCGCGGUGCUAGCGUCGUCCUCGGCCAGGUGGACUCUCGCCUCUCGCCCUACAUCAUCGAUCUGCAUUCCAUGCACCAGUUCCGACAAGACACAGGUACCCUUCGACCGGUACGACGUAGCUUCUACGACCCCACCUCGGCGCCAGGCCAGGGCUGGCUGUGGGAGUGGGAGAACGACACUGGCAGUUGGACGGCGUACGACACGGACGUGGGCAUCGCCAUCCAGGCGGCACGAGAUCGCCAGCAGCCCUGGCUGGACCUGGCGCCGCUGGGUUUCUGCUACCUCAUUGACUUCGAGAGCAUGACCCAGAUCAACGGGCAGACGCAACGCUGCCGGCGCAUCCAGCGGCGCUCCGACCUGGCCUACCCGCUGGUGUCCGGGCCGCUGCCCAAGUCCCACCUGGCCUGGGGGCCGGCGUCGAUGCCCAGCCACGGAGGACUGCUCGGCGUGGACGUGUCCGGCGUGGGCAUGGGCCUCAGGGUGAGCAGCAGCGGGAACGGGAGUGCGUACCCCAGCGGCGCUCUCCCUGCCUCGGCCAUCACCUCCCUGGGACAGCCCUGCGCCUGUCAGCAGUGCAUGCUGGUGCUGAGUGUCAAAGCCGGCACCAUGGCGACCACUCACACUCUGGGUCGCAGGCCGCCGCUGACCAAACCACCCAGUCCCCAAAUCAGCAGCUACCCGGUUCCGGGAGGGUCGUAUUCACUGACCCUCCCUCGGCCACCGUCCCUGUCCCGAUCACUUUCCCCAAACAGGACGUCUAUAGUUGGGGCGACAGGUGGCUUCAGUGUGGGCGGGAUGGGGGGGCCCGGAGGUGUGAGUAUCGUCGGGGGCAGCGGCGUCAGCAACGCCAACUUCGGCUUCGGAGGAGGCUUCACUCACUCUCUUUCCCUCCUCGGCUCGGCCACCGCAGCCCUCUCUCUCUCCUCCACCCGGCCCCCUCCUCCACCGCUGCCCCCACUGCCGCCGCCUCCUCCUCCACCAGCCACCUUGUCGUCAUCCAACGCCACCUCUUCCCCUUAUCCCUCCGCCUCCAGCUCCCUCUCCAUCUCCUGUCCGGGCCCCGCGGCGCCCCCAGCACUCAUCUCCACGGCUGCCUCCACGUGCACGCCCUCGCCUUCUGCCCGCGUCCUGGGCCCGGUGUCUACGUCCGGCGCCGCUGCCUGCGCGGCGCCUCUGCCCCCCCGGUCCAGCCUAGCGGGCCUGAGCCGACCUGCGCUGCAGCGGAUCGCCAUGGCUCAGUCACGUGCCCUCAUCGCCUCCGGUGUGCCAACAGUUCCGGUGAAGAACCUGAAUGGAUCUAGCCCUGUGCACCCUGCACUGGCAGGCAUCACAGGCAUCCUGAUGAGCGCAGCAGGGCUUCCUGUCUGUCUGACCCGCCCGCCCAAGCUGGUGCUUCAUCCUCCACCCGUCAGCAAGAGUGACAUCAAGCCCGUGCCCGGUCUGGGCCACUGCUGCCGCAAGACCACCAAGAAGCAGGCCCGUAAAGGCAAGACCCCCGAGGAGGUGGUGAAGCGGUACCUGCAGAAAGUUCGUAAUCCUCCAGAAGAGGACUGCACCAUCUGCAUGGAGGCCCUGGCAGGACCGUCGGGCUACAAGGGGCCCGGCGUGGGCGGCAUCUCCCGGGCUGAAUCGGUGGGCCGCCUGGCCCAGUGCGGCCACCAGUACCACCUCCAGUGCCUCGUCGCCAUGUACAACAACGGCAACAAGGACGGCAGCCUGCAGUGCCCCACCUGCAAAACCAUUUACGGAGUCAAGACCGGCAACCAGCCCCCGGGCAAGAUGGAGUACCACGUCAUCCCUCACUCGCUGCCCGGCCACCCGGACUGUAAAACCAUCCGGAUCAUUUACAACAUCCCUCCUGGCAUCCAGGGCCCAGAGCAUCCAAAUCCAGGCAAACCCUUCACGGCCCGUGGGUUCCCCAGACACUGCUACCUCCCUGACAGUGAGAAGGGACGCAGGGUUCUGAGGCUGCUCCUGGUAGCGUGGGACCGCCGGCUCAUCUUCUCUGUCGGCACGUCCAGCACCACCGGCGAGUCGGACACAGUUAUCUGGAACGAGGUGCACCACAAGACGGAGUUCGGCUCCAACCUGACGGGCCACGGCUACCCUGACCCCGGCCACUUGGACAACGUCCUGGAGGAGCUCAAGGCUCAGGGCAUCACCGAGGAGGAGUGUCUACCCAGAGACUGAGCCGAGACACUCAAGACACUGAAGAGACGAGACACCAGACCGGAGUCUGUAAACGCACGACACUGGAAACAGGAUCCGGAGUUGGACACUUUCAAAAUCUAUCAAAGACUAACUUUUACCACCGCGGUUUAAAAAAACAAAACUCUUCACUGGAACUUUACAGACGUAGUUUCAGCCGAAUUCGCUGAGAUGAAGCAUUCUCCUAUGACUGCAUGAGUCAGUUUUGAAACAUGGGGAAUCAUUGUCGUCCCCUGAUGCAGUAACGGUGUCAAGAUCGCAGAUGUUAUCCAGUGGGACAUUUGAGAGGGAAAAAAUAAUUUCUACUGUGAGACUUCUUAUCAAGAAUGUAACUAAGUCAAUUUCGCUGAACUGGAGUGUUUAUCACUGCGACUGCUGCUAUGUGGAAUUGAAGGAGAUUAAAAUGAAGUAAAAAGUUGGCUCCGCAAGUUUUUAAAGUGUUUGUCCACAAGCAGAAUUAACUUUUCACAGCAGAUAAAUACUUCAUGUGUAUAACUGAAUAUCUGAGCAUGGAUAUUUGCUGACCUCUAGUGGUACUUUUCCAGAAUGACAUUCCUUUUUAGGUUUGAUUUUUAACCUCUUAUUAUUGUAUAUUAUGAAUACUUGAUAUAUUAUAUUAUAUUGUUUCCAUUCUGUCAUAUUUUUAUAUUUUAAUCUUAUAGUUUUUUUAAUAUGGUGUGUUUCAAUGCUUUGUUUUUGGGUGUGGCGAGACACAGAGUGCUGUACCUGAGUUUGCCUGACACUUAAUUUGCCAUUUAACAGCCCCUUUCUUUAAAAUAAUAUAAUUUACAGUAUUUUCUAUUUUAUAGGUUCACAAACUGACAUUCCUUAAUAGUUCUGCCCUCAGAGCAUGGGUGAAAUGAAUAGCUUUCUGUGUCUUUUAAUAGCUGCAUUAAUGUUAAAGACUGAUCGGAGGAGUAAAUACCCACAAUGCCAGGAUUGAACCUCAGAUUUGCACAGAGAGGACACGGGACAACUUGUAACUACUGUACUUAUGUGUUAGACACACACACCAGCCUCAAAUGCUCUUAUCAAACUACAAAAUGCGGCCAAUUAGUUGUUUUCGUCAUGUUUGGUGUUCGCCUGCAUGAGCUGGUGCAAAAGACUAUCUCUUGUUGGGGAAGCAGCUUUGGACCAAGUGGUCGAGUCAGAUUGCAUCCGGUCCAUCACAGACCGGUUUAUGAUGAGGUACUAUAGACGACGUGUACAACAGUAUGUGUUGACAAACUAACGUGGGCCAACAUUAAAAGCAUUUAUACUUUAUGAUACGUUACGUAUGCACUGUACUGUAUGUGUUUUAUGUGCACAAAUUUGCAUUAAACGUUUUUCUAAGGUU